UUGAAGCAAAUGAACUGCAGAUUGAAGCAGCAUAAUCAUGAGCUCAAAUCGGAGCUCUCGCAUCGUCAGAAGAAUAUCCUUGGGGGCUUGCCAAUGGAUGAUUCAAGCGACGCUAGUAUUCAGGGUUCGUUUGUUCAACUUCGGGACAAUCUCUCCAAUUGGGUCGAGCACCUCCCUUAUAUUAGUGAUGGGUUUCGGGACGACUUUCCAGAGGCCUUGGUUGGACUUUUUGGUCAUAUCUAUGACUAUGGGACACCUGAGUCUUAUCCGGAGGAACCUGUUGGCGCAGAGUCGGAGCUCCUGACACAGAUCAUUUUCAGGUAUAUCUGGGAUAAGCUGUUCGAUGUUCUUAUUCCUGGAUCAUCCAGUGACAAUGCCCUUCUAUCUGAGCCUCGAAACAAGAUGCGGCUGUUAACUCCAACAAAAGAUAUCGAGAGCAUCAACGGUUGGAGAUCAGAUACAUUGAGGGCCUAUGCAUCUCUUAAACGUCAUGAGUCGAGUGUCGACAGUCAGUGCAUCAAGAUGGCAUUGGACCUGCAGAACUUCCUUGGGCAUUUCAAAUUCGAGCAGCUUGUCAACUGGGACAGUGAAAUCAACCGGCUGAUGAAGAAAAUAUUAACUCCGGCUGCGACACUGGCAACCAACUUGAGCUGCUCCCUGAACCAAUACAGGUGGGUAUGGUAUGAAAACGAAAGAGACUUUGCACAAGGAGCCGUGCGUAAGGGUCACCUGGAGAUGUUCACGGUUCUGGAUGUCCGCACUCACAACAAAGUUUCCAUAAGAAAGCUUCAGUUUCUGUCUUCAGGGGCACCCACAGGGGAGUUUCUUGGGGUUAUUUACCCGGCCUUGUUUCGGUGUGGGGAUGACGGACGCGAUGAGAUUUUGAUAGAGAAAGGGGCUAUCUUAAUGCGUUCGAAGGAUGAUCUCCAGGGAGAAAAGAUGGCGGAAGUUGAAGUGUAAGC